CGCCGCCGGAGGAGCAGCAGCGCUUGUGCAAACCGGGAAGAUGGCGGCCGGCGGCGGCGGAGGCAGCAGUAAGGCCUCCUCCUCGUCGGCCUCUUCGGCAGGGGCUCUGGAGUCCUCGUUGGAUCGAAAAUUCCAGUCGGUAACCAACACUAUGGAAUCCAUUCAAGGCUUGUCGUCUUGGUGUAUAGAGAACAAGAAACACCACAGUACUAUCGUCUACCAUUGGAUGAAGUGGCUUCGGAGAUCUGCCUAUCCCCACCGUUUGAAUCUCUUUUAUCUUGCCAACGAUGUCAUACAGAACUGUAAGAGGAAAAAUGCGAUCAUAUUCCGGGAAUCAUUUGCUGAUGUACUUCCUGAAGCAGCUGCUCUAGUGAAGGAUCCUUCUGUUUCUAAGUCUAUAGAACGAAUCUUUAAAAUCUGGGAAGAUAGAAAUGUAUACCCAGAGGAAAUGAUUAUGGCAUUAAGAGAAGCUUUGAGUACCACUUUCAAAACUCAGAAGCAGCUGAAAGAAAAUCUGAACAAACAACCGAAUAAGCAGUGGAAGAAAUCGCAAACAUCCUCGAAUCCAAAAGCCGCUCUCAAGUCUAAGAUAGUUGCUGAAUUUCGAUCUCAGGCCCUCAUUGAAGAGCUGUUGCUGUACAAGCGCUCAGAAGACCAGAUAGAGUUAAAGGAAAAACAGUUGUCAACUAUGAGGGUGGAUGUGUGCAGCACGGAAACCCUCAAAUGCUUAAAAGAUAAAACAGGUGGGAAGAAGUUCUCCAAAGAAUUUGAAGAGGCAAGCUCCAAACUGGAGGAAUUUGUGAACGGAUUAGAUAAGCAGGUGAAAAAUGGGCCCUCACUAACUGAAGCACUGGAAAAUGCUGGAAUUUUCUAUGAAGCACAAUACAAAGAAGUAAAAGUGGUGGCCAAUGCAUAUAAAACCUUUGCUAAUCGAGUGAAUAAUUUAAAGAAGAAGCUGGAUCAGUUGAAGUCAACCCUUCCUGAUCCUGAAGAAUCACCAGUCCCUUCCCCAAGCAUGGAUGCUCCCUCCCCAACUGGUUCUGAAUCCCCUUUUCAGGGGAUGGGAGGUGAGGAAUCUCAGUCACCAGCUGUGGAGAGUGAGAAAUCUGCCACACCUGAGCCUGCAACAGACAACCGUGAUGUGGAAGACAUGGAACUCUCAGAUGUGGAAGAUGAUGGGUCAAAGAUCAUUGUGGAGGACAGGAAGGAAAAACCUGUGGAGAAGUCAGCUGUAUCCACUUCUGUACCUACAAAGCCAACAGAAAGCAUCUGCAAGGCCUCUUCAAGUACCCCAGCGCCUGUGACCAUGACAGCAACCCCACCUCUUCCAAAGCCUGUGAAUACAUCUCUUCUGUCCUCUUCCCCAGCGUUGGCGUUGCCAAACCUGGCUAACGUGGAUUUGGCAAAGAUCAGCUCCAUCCUCAGCAGCCUGACAUCUGUCAUGAAAACCACCGGGGUCAGUCCUGCAUCAAGACCAUCUCCAGGAACUCCUACAAGUCCCAGCAGUCUCACCAGUGGCCUGAAAACACCUGCUCCUGCCACGACAACAUCUCACAACCCUCUAGCAAAUAUCCUCUCCAAGGUGGAGAUCACCCCAGAGAGCAUUCUGUCUGCUCUUUCCAAAACCCAGACACAGUCAGCCCCUGCACUGCAAGGCCUGUCAUCCUUACUUCAGAGCGUUACUGGGAACCCAGUUCCAGCCAGCGAAGCUGCAUCCCAGAGCACUUCAGCUUCCCCUGCCAACACCACAGUCUCCAGCGUAAAAGGACGAAGUUUGCCCUCCAAUACCCAAACGUUUAUUUCCAAAGGCUUCAGUUAUUCUCCUAAUUCAUCAACUUCUGAAGUCUCUUCAUCUUCAGCCAGCAAGCCCUCAAUUGGGCAAAGCCCAGGACUCCCAAGCACUACUUUUAAGCUACCGUCCAACUCUCUAGGGUUUACAGGUGCCCACAACAAUACUAGCCCUGCUGUCCCACCUACUGAAGUUGCCAUGUGCCAAUCUUCAGAGAUCUCCAAGCCAAAGCUGGAGUCAGAGUCCACCUCCCCAAGCCUGGAAAUGAAAAUCCACAACUUCUUAAAAGGUAAUCCUGGUUUCAGUGGCUUAAACUUAAACAUCCCAAUCCUCAGCAGUUUGGGGUCCAGUGCCCCAGCAGAGAACCAUCCCUCAGACUUCCAGCGUGGCCCUACUAGCACUUCAGUGGACAAUAUUGAUGGAACCCCUGUACGGGAUGAACGGAGUGGGACACCCACCCAGGAUGAGAUGAUGGACAAGCCCACAUCCAGCAGUGUAGAUACUGUGUCCUUGCUUUCUAAGAUCAUUAGCCCUGGUUCUUCAACACCCAGCAGUACAAGAUCACCACCCCCUGGGAGGGAUGAAAGCUACCCCCGGGAGCUCUCCAAUUCUGUACCUACAUAUCGACCCUUUGGCCUGGGCAGCGAAUCUCCCUAUAAACAGCCUUCUGAUGGAAUGGAGAGACCAUCUUCCCUGAUGGACUCUUCACAGGAAAAGUUCUAUCCAGAUACUUCUUUCCAAGAAGAUGAGGAUUACCGAGAUUUUGAGUAUUCAGGGCCUCCACCCUCUGCCAUGAUGAACCUAGAGAAGAAACCAGCCAAGUCUAUCCUUAAAUCAAGCAAGCUUUCUGAUACCACCGAGUACCAGCCAAUUCUUUCCAGUUAUAGCCACAGGGCCCAAGAAUUUGGGGUCAAGUCUGCCUUCCCUCCAUCUGUAAGGGCCCUCCUGGACUCUAGUGAAAACUGUGACCGGCUCUCAUCUUCCCCUGGGCUAUUUGGUGCCUUCAGCAUAAGAGGGAAUGAACCUGGGUCUGACCGGUCACCAUCACCGAGUAAGAAUGAUUCAUUUUUCACCCCUGACUCCAACCACAAUAGCUUGUCUCAAUCUACCACUGGGCAUCUCAGUUUGCCACAGAAGCAGUACCCAGACUCUCCUCACCCAGUCCCACAUCGUUCCCUUUUCUCUCCGCAGAAUCCCCUUGCUGCUCCCACGGGCCACCCACCCACGUCAGGCGUGGAGAAAGUCCUGGCCUCCACCAUUUCCACCACGUCGACGAUUGAGUUUAAGAAUAUGCUUAAAAACGCCUCACGCAAGCCCUCAGAUGAUAAGCAUUUUGUCCAGGCCCCCAGCAAGGGCAGUUCAAGUGAUGGUGUCAGUCUCUCAAACCUCGCCCAGCCCAGCUUGACUACCACUGACCAACAGCAACAAGAAGAGCACUACCGUAUAGAAACCCGCGUCUCCUCCUCCUGCUUAGACUUGCCUGAUAGUACAGAAGAAAAAGGGGCCCCAAUAGAAACCUUGGGUUACCAUAAUGCUUCCAAUAGGAGAAUGUCAGGAGAGCCAAUACAGACAGUAGAGUCCAUCCGAGUUCCUGGGAAGGGAAAUAGAGGACAUGGGCGUGAGGCUUCAAGGGUGGGCUGGUUUGAGCUGAGCACCUCAGGCAGCUCUUUUGACAAUGGCCCCUCGACUGGCUCUGAGUUGGCAUCCCUUGGGGGUGGGGGCAGCGGAGGCCUCGCUGGCUUUAAAGCAGCACCGUACAAGGAACGGGCACCCCAAUUUCAGGAGAGUGUCGGCAGCUUUCGUUCCAGCAGUUUCAACUCAACAUUUGAGCAUCAUCUCCCCCCAGCCCCCUUGGAGCAUGGGACACCCUUCCAGAGAGAGCCAGUGGGGCCGACAUCUGCCCCACCUGCCCCUCCUAAGGAUCAUGGGGGUAUCUUCUCUCGAGAUGCACCCACUCAUCUACCCUCUCUGGAUCUUUCAAACCCCUUCACAAAGGAGGCAGCCCUGGCCCAUGCUGCCCCACCCCCUCCUCCUGGAGAGCACAGUGGAGUUCCUUUCCCCACCCCACCUCCUCCCCCACCCCCUGGGGAACACAGCAGCAGUGGUGGGAGUGGUGUCCCCUUUUCUACUCCACCCCCUCCUCCACCCACUGUUGACCACUCUGGGGUUGUACCCUUCCCAACCCCACCACUGGCAGAGCACGGAGUGGCAGGGGCAGUGGCAGUCUUUCCCAAGGACCAUAGCUCCCUCCUUCAAGGGACCUUGGCUGAGCAUUUUGGUGUGCUCCCAGGACCCAGGGACCAUGGGGGCCCCACCCAACGGGACCUCAACGGCCCUGGCCUUAGCCGUGUACGGGAGAGCCUGAGCCUACCCGCCCAUUCUCUGGAGCACCUGGGCCCGGCCCAUGGAGGAGGAGGUGGGGGAGGCAGCAACAGCAGCAGUGGCCCCCCUUUGGGUCCCUCACACAGAGACGCCAUCAGCCGGAGUGGUAUGAUUUUGCGGAGUCCCCGGCCAGACUUUCGGCCCAGGGAACCUUUUCUCAGCAGAGACCCGUUCCACAGUUUAAAGAGACCCAGGCCACCUUUUGCUAGGGGCCCUCCGUUCUUUGCACCAAAACGCCCAUUCUUCCCUCCCAGGUACUGAUGGAAACCAAGGGAAAGGCAUUUUGAACAGUCUAGAGAGCAUUGGAAGUAGGAGUUUGGUUUAUUGUUGUUGUUUUACUUGUUUUCCCUCUCCUUGAUUUAUUUUUUUUAUUAUGACAGAGGGCCUCCCUUCCAAAUUAAAAAGUCAUAUAUGCUUACAUUUCACUAUUAAUUCAUCCAGUCCUCCCUCCCUCUGCACUUAUCUUCAUACCUUCCCCCAAGUUGUUCAUGUUGAAGAACAACAAAAAAAGACAAGGAAACACAACCAAAGCCACUUCAUUUGGUUGGAGGGUUGGGAGAGAGGGAGAAAGCAAAUCUUACUUUAUCCCAUUUAUUGGAGAUUAUUCUUAUAUUUGAAAUAAAAUUUCCAUCAGUACAGACAAUAACACAUGUGCAAUGUUGGGGUGUUAUUUUGGGCUUGGCUUAUGAAGUAGUCAAUGGAAGGAUUUCUGUCCCCUUUUCUCCCCAGCUAAGUAAGUGCUGUAACCAGCUUGGCUCCCUUCCCUCUGUGCUCUGUGUCCUGCUGACAGCCAAGAGAUAUUGCAAGGGAGGAAAUGUGGGAGACCUUGGACUUGCAGGUUUAUUUGUGUUCUGUUUUGUUUUUAAAAACAUGUUGAAGUUGAGUUCACUACCCUUCUCCUAAAAGCUUAUUUUUUAGAUCAACCUCUUUAAAUCACUAUCAGGCAGAUAACUGAGGAGAUACAAGCCUCAUUCUCUCUAUCCUAAUAAUUUUUUUCCUUGUCCUUGGCAUGAAAGAGGGGGCUGAAUAUAAUUUCAAACGUUGAAAUAAGUGACUACCACAAUAUAGACAGUUAGGGAAAGGAACCAUUAAUGGUGUGAUGUGACCUGCCUAUCCUUAUAAACAAGAGAAAACAGGAGAUGUUUUUGAAGUAGUUUCACACAUCUUGCACCAAGCUGUUGCCUCCUGUUUUUCUUUCUUGACUUUCUUUUUCACUUCUACUUUGGCCAGAAGUAGUCACUAGAGUUGAGAAUUGAUACAACUGAAAUACUAUCCCUACGUUUGUUUUUGGUUUUUUUUUUUUUGAAAAGAAAACACAACCUUCAUUUUUUAAAAUAAGUAGAUAGAUUUUUCCCAUGGUGCCUCCCUAGUGUAAGUGAUAGUUGGUGGUUUUCAGCAAAGGUUAGAGAAAGGAAAAGUAUUUGUCUUUAUCUUUUCCUCUUCUGCCAGCUCUGUAUACACCCCUAUUGGUAUUGCAAAUGAAGAGGUUCGAUAGCAUUUUUAUAUUAAUUCCUCUUCAGUAGUGUCUUAGAGACAGAGGGGUAUUACCUUUACAGAGAAGCAGGAGGGCCUGAUAAUCCAGAUUACCCCACUCUACAGAUGGCAGCCCCACACAUUCCAGGGUUCAAGCCUUGCUCCCACCUCUCAGUCCCAACAGGAAAUAAUGUUUCUGCUUUUAGCCCUUUUACAUCAGAGACAAGUGCUGGGCUGCCCCCUGCUCACUUGUAUUUUAUUCCUGCCACUCUGACUCGACGGCAACGGCCGGCUCUUUACUCUGGUAAAAGACAGUCACUGCACUUAGUCUAUACCUGUCUGUCUAGGUUCACUGAAAAGCAAGUAUUGCUUUACUACUGUGUUUUUUUGUUUUUGUUUUUGUUUUUUAAUUUAGUGUCUUACCCCAAGGUACACACUGAAAAUCUCCAGCUAAACAAGUAAAGCAGUAUGUGUCAAGUUUUUCAGGGAGCCCUAGCAAGUUUCAUAUAUUUUCUCCCAAGUUAGUAUCGAACUAACUAUAGGAAUUAUGGGGGUUGCUUUGGAUUUCUCCAGGGGAAUAAUAAAGUUGGAGGGAGGGGGAGAGAAGGCCGUGACAGAAGAUGAUUCUUUGUCUCAGAAUAAACUUGCUUUUCAGACCUAAGAGCAGCUCCAGCCAGAUGUGCAGCACAGUUUUGGAGUUUGUUUAUUCCAUGUUAAUUUACUUGGGCUCGUCAUGUGUUCUUAGGCUAUGAUGCUGUAAGUCAUUCCUCUUCCUAAUGCAUACCUGGUCUUAAGCCAACCGUUCUUUCUUUGACCUUCGCAAGCCUCUCUGCCCUGUAGCUCUCCCCACAAAAAUGCAUGAGACCAUGAGCUUGUGUGUGGGAUAUGGGGAUGUAGUGUAGCAAACAACAGUGUAGUUAUAUCGAGUCCUGAGACAUUCGUUUAGGGAAAAGUGUGAGAGAAUGAGAGAGAGACUGACUGAGUGAGUGAGUGUGUGUGUGUGUGUGUGUGUGUGUGUGUUGGGAAGGGCAAGUUCCAUUUGGCUUCCAGAACUGAAAUAGACUUUCUGUGUGUGGAGAGAUUAAAUGGGAUGUUUUUCAUUCUAGAAUAAAAGAAUGUGAAUUCUCUGCUGCUCUUGUGUAAGCUAAAAGUAGUGUUUACUUGAAAAAGCUCUCUGACCAUUUGUUUUAUCAGAACAUAUGGGGAUGUCAAGAAAGUGGCUUCCUGAAUGUCGGGGUAGGGUAAUUGUCCUCAAAAGCAUGAUGGCUAAUACAUGAAAGAAGACUUCGCUGUAUAGUUUAAAAAAUGGACCUUUAAGGGUUUGUUUUUGUGUGUGAUUUCUUUUUUCUUAUUUUUUAAAGCCACAAAAUCCUUGAUGCGUUGGUUUCAGGAUGGAAGUAAGGAUGUGUAUGUGACUGUCAGCUAUUAACUGUAAGGAAAUCUGUCUACAGCAGUAAAUGAAGACAAUGUAAUAUAUGUGAUAUAGUGAAAAACAGACGACAAUUCUGGUGUUCGUAACAUGAAACAAAGGGGGUUUAUUCUUUCUGUGUCUGUGAUUUAAAACUCUGUGACCAUGUACUGACUUUUGUAUUUCAACCUGAGUUAAAAAAUAAUAAUAAUAAACAAGAUAUUUUUUAAAGAAA